AUGUCAUCCAAUCUAGCAGCCUACUUCGAGGACGAAGUCGAGCCGCAGGUUCCGAUGCCCAACUUCGCCUACGCACCCCAGGACUUCAUGAGCAGAGCAUCUAGCGUCAACGAUGCCUAUCAAGGCAGCUCACCAAAGAGAUACAGUGUCGGUCGCGAGCUCCCUAGCGAGUCUAUGUUCCCGUCAUUCGAGCACAUGAACCAACCCUCUUUGGAGCCGACAAUGGCGCAACAGGAGUUCGAUGUCAGCAUGGCGAACCCUUUCUACGACUACAAUCCGCCCAGAAAAUUGGAGGAGCUCCAGGGUCACGUCGACUCCAACGUCAAGAUCUGCGAAGUGGUCAACGCUCUUACCGCUCGCAUGAACAAGGCCGAGUCGGAGGUCUCGGAGUUGCGAGAGACUGUCGUUCAGCUUGGUAUCGCAGCUUUGUCGGCUCCCAGCACCCCGGUGAAGCGCGCUCCGGAACCGUCAAAGACCUUCGAAUUCCUCAACACCGGUCUGCAGGACCAGGAGACCUUCGAAACCAAGAUUGUCGGCAGCAACCAGAAGAAGAAGGCUGCGAAGACUCACGCCCGCAAAGAUCUCCAAGUCAAGAUCCCCGGCCUCAAGAUCCCUACCAUCGCCCCGCUCCCCUCUGGCCAGCCAGAUUCCGGCUACCUUACCGGCGGCAUGAUGUCUAUGUUCCCUUCUACACCAACGUCCGGCGGUCUCCCGAGCUCACCUCUUACCCCCGGUCGCGUCGGCCCCCCAACCCCUAGCAAGCGUGGCAACAGCGGUAACACGUCAAUCGCCAAGCGCAAGGCCCACGUUGCACGAGGCAACAUGGCGCCAGCCUUCGUCGUCGUACCCCAGGUCCCUCUGACCGACACCGAGCUCAUCGUGUACUUCUUCCAGUCUCUCGGCCGUCCUACCGUCGCGCUCCGCCUCUACUCCCGCAAAUGGGGCCCCGCGCAGAUGGUAGAGACGCUGAAUGCCCACCGCAACCUCGAGGGCGGUUACCUCCGCAACACCUGUUCCGUCAAGUGCAUUACCGCUAUCAACAAGGGCAAAGAGAAGUACGGCAAGAACUGGGCAGACCAGUUCCGCGAGGGCAUCGAGAACGCCAACGACCUCAUCGCCACUGACUUGAUCCGCUAUCCCCACGACGAAUUGGAGGGCGUUCUCGACUACGACAUCCGCUAUCUCGGCAACGGACUCAAGAAGCACCCCGAGCAGGGCGUUGACGGCGGCAUCUUCACCCGCUGCGUCAAGUACUGUAUCAAGCACGACGCCAGUUACGCGCUGUCCAACGUCCACGAACUCGCCUGGGCUCUGCAGACAGGUCAGCUGACUGAUGAGGAGGAGGCUGCUUAA